GGUUGGCAACACUGACUAUGUAAUUGUCAAACGUCAAAUAUCGUGAUUAUCAUUUUCAUUGUGGACGAUUUUUGCGAUUUGUGAAUAAAAUCCGUUUAUCAUGACGGUGGGAAUGAAAAUGGAUGUAGACCUUGCCAAAGGCGAAGGUUUCCGGCCCUACUAUGUAACGAAAAUUGAAGAAUUACAACUUACAGUGGCGGAGAAAAGUCAAAACUUGCGUCGACUACAAGCACAAAGAAAUGAACUCAACGCCAAAGUUCGUAUGCUUCGGGAAGAACUAAUGUUGCUCCAAGAACAAGGAAGUUACGUGGGAGAAGUUGUUAAACCCAUGGAUAAAAAGAAGGUUCUUGUAAAAGUUCACCCUGAAGGAAAAUUUGUAGUUGAUAUUGACAAAAACAUUGAUAUCAAUGAUGUAACCCCAAAUUGUCGAGUGGCUCUAAGAAAUGAGAGUUACACUUUACAUAAAAUCUUACCAAAUAAAGUUGAUCCUUUAGUGUCACUUAUGAUGGUUGAAAAAGUCCCUGAUUCAACCUACGAAAUGGUUGGGGGCUUAGAUAAACAAAUUAAAGAGAUAAAAGAGGUUAUUGAAUUACCAGUUAAACAUCCAGAACUUUUUGAUGCUUUAGGAAUAGCUCAACCUAAAGGAGUUCUCUUAUAUGGACCACCAGGUACUGGAAAAACCCUAUUGGCUCGUGCUGUAGCCCAUCACACCGAAUGCACGUUCAUUCGCGUUUCUGGUUCAGAAUUGGUUCAAAAAUUCAUAGGGGAAGGAUCUCGUAUGGUACGCGAGUUAUUCGUUAUGGCUCGAGAACACGCUCCAUCAAUUAUUUUUAUGGAUGAAAUUGAUUCUAUUGGAUCGUCACGUAUUGAAUCUGGUUCAGGGGGCGAUUCUGAAGUGCAACGUACCAUGUUGGAACUUUUGAAUCAACUUGACGGAUUUGAAGCAACUAAAAACAUCAAAGUUAUUAUGGCUACAAAUCGUAUUGAUAUUUUGGAUCCUGCUUUAUUGAGACCUGGCAGGAUUGAUCGUAAAAUCGAAUUUCCCCCACCAAAUGAAGAGGCUAGAUUAGACAUUUUGAAGAUUCACUCAAGGAAAAUGAAUUUAACUAGAGGAAUUAAUUUGAGGAAGAUUGCUGAACUUAUGCCUGGAGCUAGUGGUGCUGAAGUUAAAGGCGUUUGUACUGAAGCUGGAAUGUAUGCUUUGAGAGAAAGAAGAGUACAUGUAACACAAGAAGAUUUUGAAAUGGCAGUUGCUAAGGUUAUGCAAAAAGAUUCUGAAAAGAAUAUGUCUAUUAAGAAAUUGUGGAAGUAAGGUAUUAAUGAAUUAAUUUUUGAUGAUAAUCUAACUUAGUGUUUAAAAAAAUCUUGUGUAAUAAAAAUUAAAAAUUU